UUAAGUUCCCGCUUGGCUUCGAUUGGAAGUAGUUUUCUGGCCAAGCAAAUAUAAAGCGUGCCAUCCCAACAAGAGACUAAUAUCACACGUUUUAUUAAUGAUUUAACACGAUAACCUUGUUCUGUAAUAUGAGUACGUGGUUGUUGCCAUGACGCACAGCAACAGGCCAAACAUUUCUCACUGUUAAGACGAGUCUUGUUAUCAUUUGCUGCAAUGACACUUCAAACAUUCAUGCGCCGUAACCGACAUUCAGCUGAGCAAAGACUUGCAGACAUUGACUACACACAGCUGACACAACUAACCCAGCUAAAUGAAAGUAUCAGUUCUUCUGAAGAGGCCCAUAAAAAAUUCAUGAACCUUUAUCAAGGAAUAUUCCUGCGCCCUCAGACAUCUUUACCCAGAAUACAGCCCAAAAGUAAGAUCCAACCUCCAGUGAAGCUGAGACUAUACGAGUCCGUCCAGGAGGUCAGCAGACAUCAGCCACAUGGAAAACUGGCUCAGGAUUUAUUCAUGAAUCAUGUGAUUAAAGCCCUUAAGAAAUUCCCUAUUGAGAGAUCCCAGUCAGAGCAUCAUGUCAUUUAUAAACUGCUGAAGGGAAUCCACAGUCUGACCUCUCAGCUGGGCUUGCAGGAGCUGAAACAGAUUAGUACCGUUACCAAUGUCGAGACCUGGGACCGCGGACAGAUCAUUUUUGGACAUAAUGGGUUUUACCUCGUUCUGAAGGGCUCAGUGAAACCGUUCAGCUAUGAAACCAUUAAAGAGGAUCAGGCAGCCUCUACGAUUGCAGCCGGAGGUUCUUUUGGAUCCUGUGAACUUGCAAAUGCCGUAGAUGGAGAUGCCAAUAACAUCCAGUGUGUCCUGACACUCGAGACCUGCGAGAUUCUCAAAAUAUCUCGCUCUGGCUACGAGAAAGUAAAAAAGGACAUCCUGGCACAGGACCAUCAAGUUAAAGUGUCUUUGAUCCAGGGUUGCCAGCUGUACCUUCACUGGCCAAAGCUCUCCAUCAACCACCUGGUCGACAGCAUUCAGCUAAAAACAUUCCCUGCUAAUCAAGUGCUGGUGAAGGAGGGAAAGAUCUGUCCAUUUGUGGCCUUCAUUGGACGUGGAGAAUGUAACAUCCUUCAGGACGUGGGAUCGUUGAUAAAAAAUGUUGACAAAAAGGGCUGCAGGAUCAGAUUCGUGUUAGUUGGUAAACUAGGUCCAAAGCAGUCAUUUGGAGAGGUCAGCAUCCUAUUGAACCAGCCCUCCCCGUGUACAGUUAUCACUGCCACUGAAGUUCAUGGUGGAAUCAUUCAACCGGAAUGUCUUAAAGGUCUGGACUCAGUGACCACCUCUCUUAUACUGCAGACAGCGCAACCAAUGUGUGGAAAGCUCAGUGAGGAGGAAGUCAUGAAGGAGUUCCUGACACAGGAGAGGAUGAAGAAAUGGGAACAUGAGAAGAGGAAGAUACUUUCCGAUGCUCUGUUUUACAAUGGUGUUCACCCAGGAAGAGGCAAAUGGACUUUUAACAGAGGACGAAGAGGAGUAACUGGGAAAUCCAAGAAGUCCAUAUGAACUUUAGCAGAUAAACAUACACACAAAUACAAACACAAUCAUAUUAGGGCUUGAAAAUACUACACUACUAGUUCUGCCAUCUGUGCCUGGUUGCAUAAACUGUUUAGAGUCUUACAAGAUGUAGAUUGGUCUAAUUUGAAUCCGAAAAGUAAGACUGAUUGGCCCUAACUAAUUGCUAGUUGGUCAGACUAGUUCUUAAAGGAAUAGUU